AUGGCAGUACGAAGUUCAGAAAGUGGAGUGGAUGAAAAAAAGAACGGCAUACCAGGAGGAUCUUCCUGUUUCUUCACUAAAAGAACUGCUAUGUUAUUUUUUGUUCUUGCUUUCAUCUUUUUAAAGCACCAGGAUGACUUCGCAAGACAAAACGCUGCUGCGACAUUACAAGUGAGGAACAGAAUUGCCCGAAAUUUAAAGGCGAACACAGAAACUGCUCCAUCAGAAGAGGAACUCGAAUCUCAUGAGGAUGAUGAAGAGAACUAUGGAAACCACCCCGAAGAAAUGUAUGAAGAAUACGAAGAAGAAGGAUAUUCGGACGAUGAACAGGAAGAAGAAGUUUCUGAAGAAGAAGAUGAAGAAAGACCAGCGGAGAAAGAAGAGGAAGUAAGGGAGGAAGUAUAUCCACAGGAGGAGUCGAUAGUAGAGCAUGACGACGCAAGGGAAGAAAAUUCUGCUGAAAGGGAAAUAGCUGCUGAAGGGGAACAAGUUGAACAACCAGCUCAGUACGUCCAGGAGGAGGAGGAUAACGAUGACUCCAUAUCUGGUAGCCAAUCCAAUGUAACCUCUUGUUGGAAAUGCUUUAAGCGUUCAAAUCAUGAUAAGAAAAAAAAAAAAAAAGAAAAAAAAGAAGACGCUCCUUUUGAAAGAGAGGAAGAAGCUCCUGUUGAAUGGGAAGAAGAAGCUCCUGUUGAAAGGGAAGAAGGAACUGCCGAAGGAGGAAGAUAUUUAAGAGAAGAAGAGGAAAAAAUGGUUCAUGAAGGAGCAUACUUUGAUGAUGUACCUAAAGAACAAGUUUCUCAGGAAGUAGCAGAAGGCGCUCAGGUUAAUGAACAAGUACCUGUAGGGGAACAAUCUCCUGAGGGAGGAAGACAAUAUGUUGAUGAAGGUAGAAAAAUGGGAGGGGGAGAAGGAGCUCCUAAUGUAAAACAGGAAGUUGAACCAGCUGAACAGCGAUUUCCACUGUUUGGGGAGAGAACAAAUUAUGUCGCAGAUGCUGACUUAUCUUAUUAUGCUCAUUUUGUGAAUUUAUAUAAGAAUGCAUAUAAUGAUGAUAAAAAAAAAAAGAAAGAAAAGAAAGAAAGAAAGGAAGAAGAGUUAGAUGAUUGGGAAAUAACUAAGUUAAAAUGGACAGGACAUGAUGAAAGCGAUUAUUUAGAAUAUAUACCAAAAGAUAACAAAAGAUCAUUAAGAUAUGAUGAGGAAGAACAUAUAGAUGAUGAGGAUGGAAUGAACGAAUUAUUAUUUGAGGAAUUUAAAAAAUGGGAAAAUUACGGAACGCAUAAAAAUGGUUCCUUCUGCUACGAAAUGUCUUGUUGUUUUGACGAAAGAUUGACAGAUAAAGAAAUAAAUAAGGAAUUGAAAGAAAUGGACAAAUUUCCUAAAAAAUGCGAAUUGAUCUCUCUUUACUGGCAAUCAUUCCUAAAUGAAAGAAGUAGAUAUAUCAAUGCUAACAAACGUCUGUUUAAAAAAUUCUUAGAAUUAAAAAAAAAACAAAAUUUCGAAACUAUCUCAGGAUAUAAGAACAAAUGGAAAAAAUGUAGUAAAAUAGUUGGUAAUAACUUUAAAGAACAACGCGAACAUGUUAAUGAUAUAUUUUAUACAUCUGUUGUAAAGGAAAAUUUAAGCAGAGAUGAAUUUAAGGAGAUCUUAAAUGAUGUUAGGGAUUCAUGGAAAGAAGUCACCCUUAAAGUAACGGAUGAAUGUGUAGCCAUUUUGGAAGAACCAAUUGUCCCAGAAGUCAAAGUCAUAGACCAUAACUCUUAUUAUGGGGAAGGAAGUUUUAGAGUUACACGUCUGAGCAGCCCCCAUCCAAGCUCCUAA